GGUUCGCUCUCUCUAUUCACAUCCCAAUCCUACGAUGUUAUCGAACAUAAUGAUUCCACAGAUCGGAAUCUACCAACACAGUCCCUGCGAAUUCGGAUUUUCUUUAUCUUUUUUUUUUUUUGGUGAUUUUCUCUCGUAAAUACUCGAGGGUUUUCCUGGGAAAGUGACACCCUCAUAAUACACGUAUUAAUGUGGCGGAGAUCGGCCUCUUUCAUUCUCGACCAACGAUAUCAACACGACGCCGCAUCAACGUCAAAACCCGAAACUCUGUAUCUGUCUCCGCCCCAAACCGAGUCGUCGCACAUGGCGGCCUCCGUCGAGCCAUUCAACCAAAACCCUAACCCUAAGAUCUCGGCCUAUUACCAGACGAGGGCGGCCCACACAGGCGUCGUCACCCCCGACUGGCUAGCCCAGGCACAGGCUGCCGUCGGCCGCCAAACCGAGGACCUUCCCUUGCCGGAACCUGUCCUCAAGGAGUCCGACUCCGGCAAGUCCUUCAGCGUCAUCCAAGAGUUCGACAACUGGCGGAAGCAGCCCGAUCUCGCCGAGGCUGUCGCCGCAAUUAGGGCUUUGGCCGCGGUGAUUAGGGCUAGCGAGGCCACCACCAUGAUGGAGCUCGAAAUUGAGCUCAAGAAGGCCUCUGAUUCUCUCAAAUCAUGGGACACGACCUCCAUCUCCUUGACAGCAGGCUGUGAUCUGUUCAUGCGCUAUGUAACUAGAACUUCAGCUCUAGAAUACGAGGACUUCAAUUCAGCUAGGUCUCGCUUGAUUGAACGUGCAGAGAAGUUUGGUGAGAUAUCUUAUAAGGCACGCAGGAUAAUUGCAAUGCUUAGUCAGGAUUUUAUUUUUGAUGGUUGUACCAUUUUGGUGCACGGUUUUUCUAGAGUUGUGUUGGAAGUGCUGAAGACAGCUGCUCAGAAUAAGAAACUCUUCCGGGUUUUAUGCACAGAGGGAAGACCGGAUAGAACAGGUUUACGAUUAUCUAACGAGCUGGCUAAGCUUGAUGUUCCUGUGAAGCUUCUAAUUGACUCUGCAGCGGCCUAUAGUAUGGAUGAGGUCGAUAUGGUAUUUGUUGGGGCAGAUGGGGUGGUUGAGAGUGGGGGUAUUAUUAAUAUGAUGGGAACGUACCAAAUUGCACUGGUAGCACACAGCAUGAACAAACCAGUUUAUGUGGCUGCUGAAAGUUACAAGUUUGCUCGCCUGUACCCAUUGGACCAGAAAGACAUGGCCCCUGCUUUACGUCCCAUUGAUUUUGGGGUGCCCAUCCCCUCCAAGGUUGAGGUCGAAACGUCUGCUCGGGAUUAUACACCUCCUCAAUAUCUUACGUUACUCUUCACAGAUUUGGGUGUCCUCACUCCAUCUGUGGUCAGUGAUGAGCUCAUCCAGCUCUACUUAUAGGCGUGUUAUGGCUACAAUUUUGUCUCAUUUACUGUUUUCCAGAUCAUGAUGUAAGAAUGCUUUGUGUCAUGGAGAUAUUCUGGACUCAAUGAAUGAAUGAAUGUUAAGUUUGGUU